AUGACGGUGGAAAAACUAUCUCUCCUGAAGGAAUGGGAAAAGAAGAAGAUAACAUUCGCGGCAGACGAGAUACCAGAAGAAAAUCUAAGACGAACAGAUCCCCUGGUGAUUACAGUAACUGUGGAGCGAAAAGAAAGAAACGAAAAGGCGAAAACAUCAGAAGAAUUGGCGAUAAAUAGAACCUUGGUAGACACAGGUAGCUCGGUGGAUAUCUUAUUUUAUAAAGCGUUCAAGGUUAUGGGAUACAAAGAUGCGGAUAUGACACUCUCAACAUACAACAUUCAUGGUUUUAACAAAACGACAACAAAACCAAAAGGUGAGAUAACCAUGCGAAUAUUAUUGGGAGAAAUAGAGACGCAGAUAACUCUCUGCAUAGUUGAUGUAGAAUCACCAUACAAUAUGCUAUUGGGACGACCAUGGGUACAUGCGAUAAAAGGAGUAGCGUCAACUCUUCAUCAAUGCUUGCGUUUCCCGAUACCAAGUGGAAUAGGCGAAAUCAAAGGAGAUACUAGGAGUGCGAAAGUCUGCAACCAAAUAGAUGUAAAGAAUUAUGAAGGACGCGCAAAGAAGCGAAAGGAUAGGUGGAGAAUAGCAAGAGAAUUAAAGAAGGAAGAAGAACUAAGAAUAUACAUGAUAAGAGCACAAGAAGGGAAAGGAAUACCAAGCGAAAUUCCAGAGAAAAAAGGUGAACCAACUCACAAAAUAAAACAACCCACACCAUUAGGAGAACCAAAAGCGAAUUUCACUGCAGCAGAACCAACAAAAGACAUCAACGUGGGGACAAAGGAAUAA